AUGAGUGGUUCCACUGAAAAGAAGGCGCGUAAAUGGCAACGGCGCAAAGAGUAUCUCCGUCGUGCUAAGCACCACAACGACAGCGACCUUCAGGAUGACGACCAGUGUUCACCUCCUAAGGUUCACAUCUGCGCCUUUAACAGCUGUGGUACGGUCCCUCCCGACGAAGACCUCGAUCGACUCCUUCCUCCUGUGCCCUCCGAUAUCGUCGCUUUCGGCCUCAGCGAAUUCGGCAUGUCCCUCGAGAAGACCCUCAUCAACACCAAGAGCCUUCGAGUUCUCAGCCAGAACUGGAUCGCUCACGUCCACCAGCGACUUGGUGCCGACCAGUUCACUGUGGCAGCGUCUCGCCAACUACAAGGAAUUCUAUUGGUGGUCUUUACUCGUAUAGAUAUGCCCUAUCAUCUGAUCACGGUUAAGACUGAUACCGUACCGACCGGUGCCGGCAACGUCGUCGGUAACAAAGGCGGCGUAGUUGUCAAACUCAUCUUCACCGCUCGAGCACGGGACCAUCACGAUUCGAAAAGAGCAGAGUCGAAACGGAAACACCGUCGGGGGUCUAGCAGUUCUGAUCCGUCCCAACUCACUAAGCGAAGACACCACGUUGGGGUGUUGCGACGGUUCAAGAGGCUCUACCGUAGGCGAGACAGAGGCAAGCACCAUGACGUACGGGGGCCAACCUUCCUUUUCGGUGACCUCAACUUUAGAGUUAAAAGUAGCAAUCGGGCAUACUGCGAUCGAUUGCUCGCUAUGGGGCGCUUUGAUGAGCUACUACACAAGCGAUGCCAAUUGACCAGCCAACUACUGUUGUCCGACGACGAGUCGCAAGCAUCAGAAGAUUCUUUGGUGGAGACACACCACCGAUGGAACAGAGCGCCACCGUGGAGUGAAUGGGAUGAAGCGCCGAUAUUAUUCCCGCCGACGUACAAAUUCGAUCUGGGAUCAAACGAGUACGAUACGAGUUCCAAGCAACGAAUACCGUCGUGGACCGAUCGAAUUUUGUGGCGCAGUGACGCUGACUCGC